UGUUGUGCGUGAUUUUGAUGUAUGGCCACUUUUGUGGAAGUUUUUUUGAUAAACGGGUUUGCUGGUUUUGAUACAGAAACAUUCGCUGCGGAUGAAUAUAUUUACUCACAUACAAUCUCUUAAGGAUAGAAUUAAAGUUGUUUCUGGGUCUAAGUACAACUACUGUAUAACCACUGCGUUUAAGCUUGAAGAAGUAGAUAUGAAUAAAUAGAAAUUCUAGC